AUGAUGUCCGGAAACUAUACAAUCAGCGUGGGCACCAUCGGGGGCGGCCUGUCCGUUAGCCCAGACGGUGGCGAAAGCUGGAACCGUAUCCGUAAUCCACUGCCCACCGAGUGCAAUAUCCGCACGCUUGCCGUCGAUCCCAACGACCGGCACCGCAUCUACGCCGGCUCCGACGGCGGCCUUUUCCGCACCGACGACAACGGCUCCACUUGGGAGUACGUGGAAUCCCCCAUGGACGACCUGCAGAUCUGGUCGGUCGGGAUUGACCCGGACGACAGCGACACAGUGUUCGUGGGCACCCGCCCCAAUGCCUUCCGCUCCCGCGACGGUGGCAAGAACUGGGAAGAGCUGGACCUGGGAGUAAGGAUGCCCUGCCCCAUCGGCAUCCCGCGCACGACCAACAUCAUCGUCGAUCCUCGGGACACCCGCACCGUGUGGGCCGGCAUCGAGGUUGACGGCGUAUACCGCAGCCUGGACGGCGGCGACAACUGGACUCGCCUGCCCGACCUGGGGCCCGAUCCGUUCCAUGGCGAUAUCCACGGAAUGGCGAUCAAGCCCGGCGCCAAUGCCGCCAUCUACUGCACCACGCCGUUUGGCAUUUCCACCAGCAACGACGAGGGCGAGAGCUGGGAGCUCCACGAGUUCCCGCGCUUCCACGCCGAAGACACUCGUUCCUACUGCCGCGGCAUGGUCAUCAAGCCCGACAACCCCGACGUCAUGUUCGUAGGGAACGGAGACACCAUCCCCGGCGUUACCGGAGCCAUUCGCCGCACUCGCGACGCCGGCGGGUCCUGGGACGCCCCCGAUCUGUCCACCACCCCCAACUCGGUGGUGUACUGGUUCGCGGCCAACCGCCACCUUCCCGACGUCAUGGUAGCCGCCAGUAUCUACGGCUACCUGUACGUCAGCUCAGACGGCGGCGAUUCGUGGGACAAGCUUCAGAAGGAAUUCGGCGAGAUCCGUUCGUUGGCCUUGACGCCAAACAGCUAG